GGGGGCUUGGGGACCGGAGCGGAAGCUGGUGCGGUCUUGUCCCCGCACUCGUCGGGCCCCUCCGUCCAGUCCGACGGUCGUCCAGGGGUGGUGUCGAAACGUCAUUUCAUUGCCGAGGGAAGGACCAGCAGACAGACAAGACGCCCUCCGCGCCGCGCCGCCCAUCAUCAAUGCCUUCGACGCCGCCGUCGCAGACACCAGACUGCUGACCUCGUGUGUUCUGUUGCCCUGCAUUGCAACCAUCGUAGUCGAGAGCAGGGCGUCUCGACAUUGACCGCUACAUUUACUUCGUACAACACACACACUGGGGCGAGAGACACGACAGGACCCUCCUCCUCCUCCCCGGACACUGAUACUAUAUACUACUACAAGAUGCCGCAGACCACGGCCGCCCUCUACCCGGAGCCCCGGCCCGACAUGUGGGCGUUUCCGUCGCGCCGGAGCGUCGUCCACAGCACCGAAGGCAUCGUCGCCUGCACGCAGCCCCUCGCCGCCAAGUGCGGGCUUGAGGUGCUGCGCGCGGGCGGCAACGCGGCCGUACGUCAGACUUCACAACUCCGGAUCCCCCCUCAUUGUUUUCUGCCCUCGGGAGAGCCGUGCGACCGACUGACUGCUGACUGACUGACUGACGUGCUUAAUGGCUUAUAGGAUGCUGCCGUGGCAGUUGGUUAGUGAUAUCACCUCUCCCCUCACCAAUCUGGCAGUCAAGAGAAGAAGAAAGAGAGAGAGAAAGAGAGAACAGAGACACAGAUGGAGAUAGAGGGUGCGUAAGAGAGACGACUGACAUGGGCGACCAUCGCAGCCGCCGGCCUCAACAUGACGGAACCGUGCUCCACGGGCAUCGGCGGCGACAUGUUCAUCCUCUACUGGGACGCGGCCACCAAAAAGGUCAGCGCCAUGAACGGCUCCGGCCGCUCGGGCGCCCACUGCACCCUGGAGCGCAUCCGCGCCGACCUGGGCGCCGACUCCUCCAAGGUGACCGAGAUCCCCGCGAUGAGCGUCCACGCCGUCACCGUCCCUGGCGCCGCCGCCGGCUGGGUCGACGCCGUGGAGCGCUUCGGCAGCGGCAAGGUCAGCCUGGAGCAGAUCCUGGGACCGGCCAUUGCGCUCGGCGAGAAGGGCUUUCCCGUGUCCGAGGUGGCGGCCUCCUCUUGGAACGCCUCUGAGCAGCACAUCCGCGACGCCUCGCCCAAUUUCGCCGAGAUGCUCAAAAAGGACCCCUCCGCGCCGUCCGGGGUCCGCGCCCCGCGCGCGGGCGAGGUCAUGAAGAACCCGACCCUCGCGCAGACGUUCCGCGCGCUCGCCACCGAGGGAAAGCCGGGCUUCUACACGGGUCGCGUGGCCGAGGAGCUCGUGCGCGUGGUGCGCGACCUCGGCGGCCACCUGGAGCUCGACGACCUGCGACACCACCUCGAGGCGGGCAGCGAGUCCGUGGCGCCCAUCUCGCUGGCCUUUACGGCGCAGGGGCUCGGGCGCGAGCGCGGCGUCGAGCUGUGGGAGCACCCGCCCAACGGGCAGGGCAUCGUGGCGCUCAUGGCGCUUGGCAUCGUGCAGGAGAUGGAGCGCCGGGGCAGCAUCCCCGUCUUCGGCGCCCGCGACUUCAACUCGACGGCGUACCUGCACGCCAUCGUCGAGGCCCUGCGCCUGGCCUUUGCCGACGCGCACUGGUUCGUCGCGGACCCCGACGUCACGCCCGUGCCGACCGAGGGGCUCAUCUCGCCGGCGUACCUCGCCGAGCGGGCCAAGCUGUUUGACCCGGAGCGCGCGGCGCCGCCGGGCAGUCUGCACCAUGGUGAGCCCCCUAAUAAAGUAGGUGGUGGUGGUGUUGGUGAUGGCCCUGGUGUCGUGGUGUCGCCCGCGCUCCGCAGCAGCGACACCGUCUACUUCACCGUCACCGACGCGCAGGGCAACGCCGCGUCCUUCAUUAACUCCAACUACGAGGGCUUCGGCACGAGCAUCAUCCCGCGCGGGUGCGGCUUCACCCUGCAGAACCGCGGCGCCAACUUCUCCCUCAACGCCGCGCACCCGAACCGCCUCGAGCCGCGCAAGCGGCCCUACCACACCAUCAUCCCCGGCAUGGUCACCAACCUGGCCGACGGCUCGCUGCACUCCACCUUUGGCGUCAUGGGCGGCUUCAUGCAGCCCCAGGGCCACGUCCAGGUCCUGCUGGGCCAGCUGGUCGCCGGCCUCGACCCCCAGCAGGCCCUCGACGCCCCGCGCGUGUGCAUCGUCGCGGGCAUUCCCAAGGACGGCAGCGGCGGCACCGACGAGGUCGAGUGGACCGUCAACCUCGAGGAGGGCAUGCCGCCCGAGACCGUCGAGGGCCUGCGCCGGCUCGGUCACAAGGUCCGCGUCGUCGGGGGCGCGAAGCGCAGCCUGUUUGGCCGAGGCCAGGUCGUCCGGCAGACGGUCGAUGUCGUCGACGGCACCCUCGUGUGGUCGGCGGGCAGUGACAUGCGGGGCGACGGCGCGGCGUACCCUGCCUAGGCAGCCUGGGGCGAGGCCCCUUGCUCAACGCGGAAUGGCGAUUCUAUAGAUGUGCUCUUAGUUUGUACAUGAGACCAUGCAUGGUAUAUCUCCGAGCCUGCUGCCG